GCUCGGUCGCCGCGGGUCCCCGGGGAGCGGGCUCCGCCGCUCGCUCCCAUUGGCCGCCGCCCCGUCAGCUGGUGCUAUUUGCUGCUGUCGCUUUUGGCGCUCGGCCAUCCAGAAACAAACCAGUUCGAUGACUACUAAUAGUUAUAGCCAGAUGUACUAAUACACAACAAAUCACAGUCCUAGAGAGGGGAGAGCAAAUGAGUUCCUAUUUUGUGAAUCCCACUUUCCCUGGGAGCCUGCCUAAUGGGCAGGACUCCUUCCUCGGGCAGAUCCCCCUUUAUCCAGCUGGAUAUGAUGCUCUGAGGCAUUUCCCAGCUUCUUAUGGGGCAUCCAGCCUCCAGGACAAGACGUACACCUCACCUUGUUUUUACCAACAGUCCAACACGGUCAUUGCCUGCAAUCGGGCAUCUUAUGAGUACGGAGCCUCCUGUUUCUAUUCGGAGAAGGACCUAAGUAACGCCUCUCCCUCCGGCAGUGGCAAGCAGAGAGGCCACGGGGAUUACCUGCACUUUUCUCCAGAACAACAAUACAAAUCCGACAGCAGCGUGCAGAGCAAAAUUUUAAAUGACGAAGGCACCGACCGGAAGUACACGAGUCCUGUUUAUCCCUGGAUGCAGCGGAUGAACUCCUGUGCUGGUACGGUCUACGGCACCCAUGGCAGAAGGGGAAGGCAAACUUAUACGAGAUACCAAACCUUAGAAUUAGAAAAAGAAUUUCACUUUAACAGAUACUUGACCAGGAGACGACGGAUUGAAAUCGCCAACGCUCUCUGCCUUACUGAACGACAGAUUAAAAUAUGGUUUCAAAACAGGCGGAUGAAAUGGAAAAAGGAAAACAAACUCAUAAAUUCCACACAACCCAGCAGCGAAGAAACAGAGGAAAAGGCAGGGGAGUAGAAUAACGCCUAAUAAAAGUUCUCAGGCCUUCCCCCUUAAUAGCGGUUUUUUUUUUCUUGCGUUCAUUCUGCUACACGUUUUCACAGUCUGUUGAUUUCUAAAGCUUGAGGAGAGGCUGAAUCUUUGCAAUCAACUGUGAAUUUUCUUAAGGGAAAAAUAGAACUGCGUAAUCUAGAGGUUUGUAGUGUACAUAGCCACGUUUCCUAAUUAUAGAUAAUGUUGCUGAAAGUCUUUCAGCAGCGUCUCCCCUCCCCCCAGAUUUUAAAAUAUUUUGAUUUGGACACCUCUGGUCCGUUCGUAUGUUUGGGUUCUGAUGGCUGUAGGGCGGUAAAGGCAGCUAGGUGCAAAAGAUUUGGAUCUAGUCGCUGGCACGUAGUGAAAUACGAGGGAUUUGGAGAAAAAAAAAUAUCGGGGUUUCGACCCUUGCUGAAUCCCUCUUAGGAUCGGUCCGUCGCCUCCUCUGUUCGUUGGGAGCUGGACGUCUCGUGGGCGCUACCCACACACAAAAAAAGUUUUCCUCCAGAAAAACGUCAAAAACCCGCCGAACAGAGGAAAAGAAGGAGAGUUGGGGAUUCCAUCUCUUCCCCCCAAAAGACAUUUCCAGGAGUCUUCCACCCGAGUCAGGCUGAGCGAGCCAGUACGUCGAGGAACAAAGAACCGCCGAGGGAGCUCUCAAAGGGCCAGCCCCAAAGGAGUCCGCGCACCCGAAGAAAACCCACCUUCCUACCCAGGCAAGAAAACCUGCGCAUUGAACUUUCCAGCCCCGACAGAUAGCCCGUCUUCGGGCGAGGUGACUCCUGGUCUCCCCGCUACAGCACCAGAGAAAAGAGCUUUUCUGGAACAACGAGGGCAAUUUGAAUUCGGAAGUGCUCCAGCUUCCAAAUUUCCCCGGCGUGGAAGCGGCUCUCCGGCUCUAUCGGGGCUACCCCCUUUCCUUCUCCGCUACCUUUGUUAUCUACUUUCGCCUUUCCUAGCCCAGGAAAAUAAACAGAUAACUAGAAGCUGCCACGAAA